AUGACCGGGGAGUGUCUCAGCACACACCACGCAAACCUCCACGGGGUAACUUCUCUCUCGUAUUUUUCCCGUGAUCCAAACACCUUUGUCCCAGUCGACGACAAGCAGAACAUACUGUCGAUAGUCAUGCGAGACACCAACGGCAAGUCAUCCUUCCUAGUGCGAUUCAACGAAGAAGAAAUGGACAUGAGUGUAUGGGAGGGUUCCCGUCUUUACGAACACCCCGAAUACUUAGAUACCAACGGUGCCAUGGCGUGGUGGAAGGACACAUGCUAUGCCGCAUUCUGGGACGGGGACGUCGAAGGCGAAAUGCGUGACACGAUUGCGCUCAUGGAUGGGAAAAUCGACAAACAUGACAUGAAUGCGGUUGAGGGCGCCAGUAACGGCAGAACCUACAAGCCCAUCGUGUCUGAAUCAACAGACGACGAGUCACUCGACCUCGAUAUCAACGCCCCCGUCGUUAUGAACGAGAACUAUGUUAUCAGAAACGCGGGGAAUAUGUUCUACAUACUCUGCUUCGACGACGACGAUGAGGGGAAGAAACCGCAGGAGAGUGGAUCGUUCUUUGAUCAGGGAGAGCUUGAGGUGUUGAAAGCUGCGGAUACGUGGUUCGAUCGACCACAUUACAAGGGGUGGCUACAGUCUCGGCCAUAUGCCCGUGUAAAGAAACUCUGGGGGCCGGAGCUGGAACGACGGAGGCAGGAGCUUUCAUUAUCUGCAGAAAGUGACUAG